CCAGUCGUAGCCAACCAGGAGACUGCUCGGCUCGUGGGCCCGCCCACCAGUCGCGGCUGCUGGUUUCCGGCUUUUUCUCCAGCUCAGCUGGCCGGUAGUGGUGUGGCGCAGUUGAUCCUGGGACUUAACCUACCCCUGUCGCAUCUUGGUCUCAGUUUCCAAGCUGGCCUGUGAUGGUAGAGGGUCAUGUUGAAGUGGUCUCAGUCACUUACACCGCUGACGCUUUACGAAUUAAGUCUUUUAAGUUUGGCCAUAAGUUUCUCGGGCAGUUUUUACAUGCCACAGGAGCGAGUGUGGUCGUCAGAAUGGAAACCGUGAUCCUUGAAUACUGGGUUUUCUCCCUCUGCGUCCUUGGAAGACAUUUUCUUUUGGUGCUCUGGGAGCCGUCGCUUAGGGAGAAAAAGUGGGUGACUGUGGGUGACACAUCCCUUAGGAUAUUUAAAUGGGUUCCUGUGACAGACAGCAAGGAGAAAGAAAAGUCAAAAUCGAACAGUUCAGCAGCCCGGGAACCUAAUGGCUUUCCCUCUGAUGCCUCAGCCAAUUCCUCUCUCCUUCUUGAAUUUCAGGAUGAAAAUAGCAACCAGAGUUCCGUGUCUGAUGUCUAUCAGCUCAAGGUGGACAGCAGCACCAACUCGAGCCCCAGUCCUGAGCAGAGCGAGUCCCUGAGCCCCGCACAUACCUCUGACUUUCGCACUGAUGACUCCCAGCCCCCUACUCUGGGCCAGGAGAUCCUUGAGGAACCCUCCCUGCCUGCCUCAGAAGUUGCUGAUGAGCCUCCCACCCUUACAAAGGAAGAACCAGUCCCGCUGGAGACCCAGAUGGCCGAGGAGGAGGAGGACUCCGGUGCCCCACCACUGAAGCGCUUCUGUGUGGACCAGCCUGCUGUGCCGCAGACAGCCUCCGAGAGCUAGCACUGACCAGCGCGUUCCUCCUGGCCCUGCCUCUAUUUAUUGCAUUCUGGCUCUGGCUGUGCGGUGUCACUGGGGUUAGGGUAGCACCAGGGUUCAGAGCCUGCACAUGGGAGCCCUCUGGGCUGAAAGGCUGGUGUAGGACCUAGGGUUGUAGUGUCAUCGUCCUGUCCCUGACACUUGUGUCAGCUUGCUCCUGGAAAGAGGAGUGCUUAUGUCCUUUUGCACCCGAACAGGCUGGAGCCUCUGCCAUUCCAGGGUUCGUCUGUCACCUCCCAGUAGCAUUCUCUGCUCCAGAGCCUCUGGGCAGAACUACUGGCGCUUCUUCAGGAGAAAGAUAUGGAGGGCACCUCUGGGGAAGAGAGUGCCUAGGUUACUUGAACUUGAUUGAAGACUGUAGAUUGUGGGACUUCUGCAGGGCCUGGGCCCACCCUGUGGUCCCCUUUGGAGGACUGGAUGGAGACGUGGGUGGACUGGGUGAGCCCCCCCCCCCAAGGAAGGGUCUUUCUUGCCCAUGGGCACAAAGUCCCUGUAAGUUUCUUGCCAUCCUGGCGCUUCUGCCCAGUCCUCUGGAGGUGCCGCCUUUCCUGGGUGCUCCCGCUGCUGACAGCCCUGUCCGGGUAACUGUCCUGGCCCUUUGCAUAUGCACACAUGCAGCUUCCUGUCUUCACCUAUACGUUUCAUUCCAGUGUACCCUGCCUCCUGCCACCACCCACCCCAGCAAGGAUCAAGGUUCUGACAAUAGUACCCAUCCUCCACAGUACUCCUCAGCUCAGACUUUCUAGAAAGGUCCCCCUUUUUUUUAAAAUCUGCAUGGUUAAUUGAACUUUGUGAUUUUAUUUUUUGUUUAAAAGAAGUUUAAGAAAAUGGAAAUGGGCAACAGCAAGUGAAGACUUAUUUUAGCACUGAAUAGAAUAUUUUUAAAAUUAAACUAUUUGAAAUAUG